GUCAGGGUCGUUCUUGUCGAGACGCUCUCUCCUGUUCCUUCCUCAUACCCCUAUAUUCCUACCAACUGCCCGCUACAGUUGCACUACACAGGUUCCCCCCCCCGACCUCCGUAGGUCCGCCGCCACGGCCACGGCCACGGCUCCAUUGGAGGAAUGCAGUCAUGGACCAGCAAAGGCAGCCUUUGCCUACUAUGUACGUUCCGACCGGCUGUUCUUCCGGCGAGGCGGACGUUUGCCACGUCCCCUGUGAUGAACAGGGUCGCGUCCAAGGUGCGGACAAAGUCCAAGAAAGCUGCCCAGGAGCUCGAGAAGCAAGUGCUGGCACUCGAUGCGAAGAAUGCGAAAAACGGGAAGAUCAAUAAGGCUCCCUCAGGCGUAAGAAAUAUCCGCGAAAAGCUCGCGGCGAGGGACUUUAGCGCGGCGGUAACACACGCUCUAGGGAUCUUCCGUCAAAUGAUGAAGGAGCGGAAAGACCCCGGAUUACCCAGGUGGAAACGAUUUGAGCGGACCAUGUUAAAUGCGUGCAAGGUGGAGGACAAGGCCGCUGGUUCCUUGCGCCACGUCAGAGACGCGCUGCUCCGGGCAUUCCUCCACAAGGGAGUCAGGGGCCUCACGAGUGAAUUGGAUUUUUACAUGUAUGCGGAGGAGAUCACGUCCAAGUACUCGGACCCCAACCUUGAACAACAGAAGAAGGUCGCGGAUUUGCGACGUCCAGCGGAGUGGUAUCCGCACGCCCGCGCCGUGCAGCGGACGUUGCAUCUGCACGUGGGACCGACGAACUCGGGCAAGACGUACCAUGCGCUGCAGCGCCUGGAGGCGUGCAAGCGUGGGUUCUAUGCCGGCCCCCUCAGACUCCUCGCGCAGGAGGUUUACAGCCGGUUUCACGCGAAGGGAACCCCCUGCAGUCUCAUCACUGGUGAUGACGUGAAGAUUCCGGAGGGGGAAGUCCCCACCAUUGUGAGCAACACGGUGGAGAUGGUCAGUUUGGGGGAGCAAUACGAUGUGGGAGUCAUUGAUGAGAUUCAAAUGAUCGCCGAUCCUCAUCGUGGAUGGGCAUGGACCCGUGCCGUGCUCGGCGCGCGUGCCACCGAGCUUCAUCUUUGCGGUGAAAUCCGGGCCAUUCCUUUGAUCCGACAGCUGGCGGCCCUGACGGGGGACAAGCUCGAGAUCCACCGCUACAAGCGACUGAAUCCGUUGAAGGUGAUGGACCGCAGUCUCAACGGCGAUCUCAAAAACCUUCAAAAGGGAGACUGCCUGGUCUCCUUCUCCCGAGUAGGGAUCCACGCGCUGAAAGCCGACAUCGAGAAAACCACGGGAAAGCGGGCGGCCAUCGUCUAUGGAAGUUUGCCGGCUGAAAUCCGGACUCAACAGGCCAGCCUGUUCAACGAUCCAGACAACGACUACGACUUUCUGGUUGCCAGUGACGCCAUCGGCAUGGGUCUGAACUUGAGCUGCAAGCGUAUCAUCUUCGAAACCGUGAUUAAGCGCCUCCCUAGUGGGCUUCAGAGGCUCAGCGUCCCCGAGAUCAAGCAGAUUGCAGGGCGAGCCGGUCGAUACCGAUCCGCUGCGCAACAGUCGGAAGACCAUUCUGAAGAGGAAAAUGUCGGCUGGGUGACAUCCCUGGAAGACAUUGACCUGCCGCAUAUCCGCGAAGCGAUGGAGACCGAGCCGCCUCCACUCACGGCUGCGUGCAUCGGCCCACUAGAUACAGUCUUCAAGAAUUUGGCGGCAUAUUUUCCAAACAAUGUUCCUCUGGAAUAUCUGAUCAAGCGGAUGACAGUAGUCGCUCAGAUCCAUCCGUUGUUCUUUUUACAAGAAGUUGGAAACCAACUGGAGAACGCGGAAGUCGUCGAUUCUGUGGACGGCUUGCGAAUUGCGGACCAGCUGACCUUCAUGGCUGCGCCUCUGCACACAAGGACCAUUAUGGGCCGCGAUGCUGCCACUGCAUUUGCGAAGUGCGUCGCAGAACAUUCCAGCGGUAGCUUGCUGGAUAUCCCGGUUCUCAAUCUCGAGAUUCUGGAAAAGCCGGUCUCUGGUAGCAAGGAGUAUCUCCACGAGCUGGAAUCGCUGCACAAAGCCGUCAUCCUGUAUCUGUGGCUCAGUUACCGGUGUGGCGGAGUUUUCACGGACAGGACUUUGGCCACCCAUGUCAAAGAAUUGGUUGAGGAGAGGAUGGUCAGAGCAUUGACCGAGUUUUCGGCCAACAAGAAACUCCGGAAGAACGCCUCUCUCCAACGAGAGAUUGCUUUGCAGAAGCAGCUCAUGCAAGAAAAACGACUCCUUGGCGAGGCCGAUGCUGACUCGUAUGGCAACGAAGAUGAAUCUGCUAACGCGGACCCUCUAGCCGACCAGGACCAGCUGGAAGAUGAUAACGAGACUACGGACCUUUCAGCCGGUGAGGAGCAACCGAAAAAAAAAUCAUCUCAAGCACCCGCUGCUUAGAGCCUAGCCGCACUCUAUACGCCACUUGUGCAUGUUUUGGGCUCGAUAGAUAUAGACUGCACGUGGAGCGCUCUCCGCAUUGUUGAUUUUCAGAUGUUUCAACGAGGAUAGACACAUACUAAGAUGCGCUCCCAGUCUUCCUGAACUGGGGAACUCCCUUGUCUUGAGGUCUGGGCGCUGUACGAUUGGUGGUUUGGUCCAUAGCAUGGUAUUGUCUAUAGAUGGCACGGUUGGAGCGUGGAACGUGGACACCUGUAUUUUAGAUGUAUGUUAG